CUAUCAAAGCACUUGCCCUAAUGAUAAGUAUUUAUAUCAGCUCCGCGCAAUCUCUUAUUGAAUACCUGCCUCGCGAUUAAUUGCGAAGUGUCAGCGCGCGCGCACCAAGCUGUCAUUAAGGACCCAGUGAGUGCGCUUUUGGCAGCCAAUCGACACGAAUCUCAAUCAACGACACUCGUUAAGUGUUCACCAAUGAGCGUGGCCAAUAAGCGCAAAGCAUGAUAGCCCAUUAAGCUCCUACAAAGACGCAACAAUGUCAGUGCCCCAAAUGACUGAGGAAAUCAGACAUUCACUACAUCGAACCGGUGCGGUGUUCAAACGCAUGUCCUUUCAUCAGAACCCUGAUCAAAUCUUACAGCAACUUUAUCAAAACAGCACCAGUCACAAACUGCUUUAUCGAUGAUCUCGCAAAGCGCACAAGCACGUCAACAAAACCCAGGGGUUACGUCAUUCUUCAUUAAAGACAUCCUAGCAUCCAGCGAGGUACAGAAAACUUCAGAAACAACGAUUUGUAAAGAUCGCUUAUCAUCAGAGGGAUUUCCUUCAAGUCCUGUGGCGGAAGGCGAUCAGGACUCGACGAGAUUAUUCACGUUGCCUCAUCCCCGCAUUGGAGUCGAUCAGAACAGUGUACUGCAAGAGGAUAACAGAGAACGGAAAAGUAUAUGUGAGUCGAAAUCUGAAGAGAAGCCUACGAGAGUUGGACUAGAGCAACACGUUUACACUGGUAUUUCAAGCCAUCGCGACAAAACAGAGCCAGCGAAAAACGUCAACAACCCGAGUUCACCGGCGAGACCGAAAUUGCGCAAGAAAAGAUCCCGCGCCGCGUUUUCUCACGGGCAGGUUUUCGAGUUGGAGCGACGGUUUAGCCAACAGAAGUACCUCUCUGGGCCUGAGCGUGCUGGUCUGGCGGCCAUGUUGAAACUCACCGAGAAUCAAGUGAAAAUUUGGUUUCAGAAUCGAAGGUACAAAACAAAACGCCGUCAGCUGGUCGCCGCGGUGAGCUGUCCACCGAUCACAGCUAAGACGGUCGCCGUGAAGGUGCUGUACCACGAUGAAGGAAAGAGACGAGAUGCGUUUAGUUUUCAUCGCCUGGCUAGCACACAUCACAUGCAAACUGAAAUUCCUACGACCUCAUGUAGCAUGAUCAACUGCCCGUGUACAUCAAUGCAUUGUUAGCAGGGUGGGAUUUGUCUGCAGUGAAGAAGAGUUCUCGCAAAGCCAGGACAGGAAGAGAUGAGAUGGUUCCAUUUUGUUCAGUUUAAAAAACGAACGGUCUUCACUCUUCAUUCCGCGGGUUACUAGUGUUAAGUGAAAGUCAUAUUCCAUAUCAAUCAGGCUCUGCUUGUCCUCACAAACCUGGUUCUAAAGUUCACGAUCUAGGAUCAACAUCGAUUAUGUAGGAUUUUCACAUGUAGAUUUCGAGGUCCCCGCCUUUUAAACUAUCGCAAGAUAAGAUGAUAUUUGACAACAUUAAAACUCUCAUGAGAUUUAUAUUCAUUCCAUUUUGUGGCUGUCCAUGCGAGCCCGGUUACCGAGAUUUCACAAAGCUUAAAAUGGACUUUGAGGUAUUGAAAUGAGUAAAUAACACGACUCUGACAGUCGUGUGAUCAUCCUAACAAUAGCAUGUGAUGUUUUGUUUCAAAAAGACUCUUUCCA